AUGGACAUGCUUCCGGAGCCGGCAAUGCCCGUUGCACAUGUUCGGACUUACGGUGGCAAUCGGGCAUUUCAUAACUUUUUCAACGACUUCAGCCACAUCAAGGAUCCGAAUCUACGAAGGAGGCUGGCCCUCUCCGAGAUUGACAAGAUUCCUUUCGGGCUGUAUCACGUCAGAGCCAUUGCCGUCGCCGGGAUUGGCUUCUUUCUCGACUCGUACGAUAUUUUCGCCAUCAACCUCAUCACCACUUUGCUCGGCGUUGUCUUUUGGCAGGGGUCGCCGGAGGAUGCAAAGAAUGGAUACGGAGGCAACUAUGGGACACUGCCUACGCCGGUCAGCACAACAUUGAAGGCAUCAACGAGCGCAGGGAUAGUGGUUGGCCAGCUACUCUUUGGUUGGCUAGCAGAUGUUUACGGUCGCCGGCGCAUGUACGGAGUCGAGCUCGGCAUCAUUGUAGUAGCAACAUUGGCAUCGUGCCUCGUGGCACCAAGUCAAGCCGUGACUUUUACAGGUUCGAUGACAUUUUGGAGAGUCAUAAUGGGCAUUGGCAUCGGAGGCGACUAUCCCCUAAGUUCCGUCAUUACAUCCGAGUUUGCACCAACACGAUGGCGAGGAGCAAUGAUGGCUGCCGUCUUCAGCAUGCAGGGACUGGGUCAACUUCUUGCUGCAAUUGUGGCGCUGAUUGUAACGGUCGCUUUCAAGGACGCCUAUCUCGCAGCUCCAAAUGCAGCGUCUUGCAACAACGCCUGUCAGAUCGCAGCAGACCGUGCAUGGAGAAUCAUCGUCGGCGUUGGGGCAGUUCCAGCUUGUUUCGCACUCUAUUACCGAAUCACAAUCCCCGAAACACCGCGAUACACGUUUGAAGUAGCAAAGGAUGUUGAGCAAGCAGAUGCAGACAUCAAAGCAUAUAUGGCAAGCAAGUCUGAAGGAGAGGUUGAUGAGGUCAAGCGGGCAAGAAUGAAAAAGGUCGCAUCGCCUGCAUUGAAUAUACCGUCUGCAUCUUGGCCGGAUCUGUUUUCGUAUUUCGGCAAGUGGGAGAAUGCCAGAGUGCUCAUUGGCACCACCUUGUCUUGGUUCUUCUUGGAUCUUGCAUUUUAUGGCCUUGGCUUGAAUAACUCCAUCGUUCUUCAUGCCAUAGGUUAUGCCAACGGGGGCACCCUUUACGAGCAACUAUACAAUAAUGCCGUAGGAAUGAUUAUCCUUACCGUCGCAGGGUCGUUGCCAGGAUACUGGACAGCGAUUUUCACGAUCGAUACACUGGGACGAAAGCCACUCCAGAUCAUUGGCUUCGUAUUUCUCACCAUUAUAUUUUGCGUUCUCGGCUUUUAUUAUCAUCAUCUAAACCAAGGCGGGAUGCUUGCCUUGUAUGUAGUUGCACAAUUUUGCUUCAACUGGGGCCCGAAUACCACAACAUUCAUUGUACCAGGCGAGUGUUAUCCUACACGUUAUCGAUCCUCGGGUCAUGGUCUGUCGGCGGCAAUGGGCAAGAUUGGGGCCAUUAUCGCCCAAGUUGUAUCCAUUCCUCUGCUCAACAAGGACUCGCCAGCAAAUUGCCAAGGUAGCGCUUGCUCCCCUUGGCUCGACCGACUGAUGCAAAUCUUUGCCCUCUUCAUGCUGUGUGGAACCUUUGUGUCCUUGUUGAUACCCGAGACCAAAGGCAAGACUCUCGAGGAACUCGCCGGAGAAGCACCCACUUCAUAUAAUUCAGGACGCAACGGCAGUAUUGUCGCCCUGAAAAAGAGAUGGUGGAAUCCAUUCUCGGGUGGACAGCCAGCUGGAUUUUUUUAUUCGCGAACAAAGCAUUGGGGCAGGAAUCAACGGGUCGGCAUCAUGACUUCACCCGAGAUUGCAGCGCAGCAGGCACAAGAGAUGAGAGCAGCAAGAAGACUGAGACGAAAGAAGGGUAGUAGCGAAGACACCAAUUACGACUUUGAAAGCACCAGCUCUACCACAGGUAUCGUUCGGCCGAACAGUGCGCCGGAGGACGGCGAGGAAGCGCGAGGGUACGGCGGCGUCUUCCCGGGUUGGGUUGCUGGUUGGGGCCGAAUAGAUCGGGGCGGCAAUCCCACGUCGGUAGAGAAUAUUGGACUGCAAGACGUUGGGAAUUUGCUUCGGUGA